AGGGGUAGUUGGGAGGCAGCUGCGGCGGCACGCGCUGGCGGGAACGUGCAUUAUUGUUGUGGAGACAUUGUUGUGGGACGGGCCAAUGGGAGGCGAGGCUCCGCCCCCUGGGUGUAUAUGUGCGCAUGCGCGACCUGAGGGCGGCACAGUACGAUGUAGCCGAGUAGUGUGUGUAAGUCAGUGAUUGUGCAGCAGUGGCUGCGAGCGGUCAUGCCGCGCGGCUUCCUCAUCAAGCGGCUGGGUCUGCCCGGCCACGACGACGCUCUCAGUGCCUUCCACCCUCUACCGUUCAACCCGCUACACUCGCUGGUGGAGAGACUCAGGUUCGAUCCUCGACUCUGUUUCUACCCGGAGCCGUAUACUCCACCACCUCUGGACCUCUCGCUCAAGUCGAGCGCUCCUAUCACACCUCCAGCUACACCGUCUCCGUCCUCACCUCCUAGCAGGAAACGAACGUUCGAGGAGGAGCCAAGGACAUCUCCCGGCAAACCUUCACCUCCGAAGAAAUGUUGGAAGUCCCUCGCCAAGAAAGCAGUGAGGAAGUUGAGUUUCGACGAGGACACCACAUCUCCCGUCUCGGGGACUAUCAUCAAGAGACUGGAAGACGACGACCCUCCCCUGGUGGUGAGGAAGGGCGACAUCGACCCCGCUUACAACGUCGUGGAGGUGACGGAGGAGGCCAAGGCGGAGCUGGCCAAGAUAGAGAACCGCAUCGGAGACUACAUCUGCAGACUGUGCAAGGAGAUGUACGACGACGCCUUCAGUCUGGCCCAGCACAGGUGUUCGAGGAUAGUCCACGUCGAGUACCGCUGUCCAGAGUGUGACAAGGUGUUCAACUGUCCGGCCAACCUGGCGAGUCAUCAGCGCUGGCACAGACCUCGCGGCGCGCCAACCUCCAAGACAUCCCUCACUGAGCGCGACGGUGACUCUCCACACAUACCUUGCCCCGUCUGUGGCAAGAUGUUCCGACGUCAGGCCUACCUCAGGAAACAUCUCCUCAGUCAUCCUCUACCUCUGGUGAGUCCUCAGUCGCAGCCACUAUAACAAUCCACGCUUACUGUCUCUAGUCAUGUUAGCCUCUCUAGUCAGGGUAUCUAGUCAUAUCAGAAGUUCUAUCUCUAGUCAAUGUAAAUAUAUUCUUAUAUCUAGUCUUG